UUGUCGAAGUCCCUCCCUCCAGGUUUGCUCCUUCGGUGCUUAGUCAAAUUCCUGCACUCUCACCAGUUGACACUUGUAAACAGUGAACUUCACUCAAAGCGGAUAAGGCCGAUACAGAGCAAGUAAAUGAAUUCCUCCAAGCUGAAUUUCACUUUUCAUUCACCGGUUUCAUCGACUAAUUAAAGAGGUGGUUGCUAAGAGAUGACAAUCUGUGACAUUGGUGAAAGCCUCUGAUCUACAGCAGCCUGAAGCUCGACUUCUCCAGGAUCUCUUUGCUCCACACCUCUGUUUGUAUGUGGCUCAUGUGAAGGACACGGAAAACAUUCUUAUAUCAACAGACUCACAAAUACCAUGGCAGCUUUUACUCCUCCUUGUGCCAUCACCAAUACCACAACCACCGCGGUGGCCCGGACUGCAUGGCAAAGGCAAGGAAGCAGCAAAGAGGAGGGGAAAUGUGAAAAUGGGGCCGUGGAACAAAACACUGUCCUGGAGAAAACCCACGAGUUCUUCCAGAUGUGUGACAUUGAGAACAAGGGCUUCAUCACCCGACGUGACAUGCAGAGACUGAACGGCGAGCUCCCUCUCAGUGCAGCGGAGAUGGAGAACGUAUUCAAUACCCUUGAUUCUGACGGCAAUGGAUACCUUACCCUCGAUGAGUUCUCCUCAGGCUUUAGUGAGUUUUUAUUCGGUCAGAAGAUUUCUGUAGAGGAAGGCAUGGGGGACGAAAACCCCUGUAAGGGUCCGCCAGAGGUCCUGUACCAGACCCACUGGGAGGAGAGCCUGGCAAAAGGAUAUGAAGAUGAGGAGGAGAAACACUUCUGGAUGCUAAUGGAGAGCCUCGGAGCCAACAGUGUCUUUGAAGAUCCUGCUGAGGUGCGCAGUUUGUGGGCCCAGCUGCGCCGGGAUGAACCACACCUUUUAUCCAAUUUUGAGGACUUCUUAGCCAGAGUGACAUCCCAGAUCAUAGAGGCCAACCAGGAAAAGAGGGAGAUGGAGAGUGCUCUCAAAAGAAAAGCAGCAACACACGAUGAUGAGAUCCAGCGCCUGUAUGAAGAAAUGGAGCAGCAAAUAAAAACUGAAAAAGACAGAAUUGUGUUGCAGGACUAUGAGCGGUUUCUGUCUCGGAGUCAAGACUUGGAGCUGCAGCUGUCCAGUAAAGAGAGAGAGCUGGAACAACUCUUCCAGAAACAGAGAAGGUUGGAGCGUCAGUGCCAGGACCUUCACAGUGAGCAACAUGUGACCAAGGUGGAGAACGUGAAGCUGAAGCAGACGAAUGACGAGUUAGCACGGGAGCUGGAGCACACCAGCCAAGAGCUGAUCUUGGCACAGGAGCAGCUGAGUGUGCUGCAAGAGCAGUCCACACGGCUUCAUGAGGAGAAGGAGAUGGAAAUUUACAGACUGACUGAGGGACUGCAGCGAGAGCAAGCAAGCCUCCAAAAACAACUGGACCUGUUGAGAGAAAUGAACAAACAUUUACGGGAUGAGAGGGACAUGUGCUUUCAGAAUCCAAAGAAUUCUAAGAAAACACCCAGUUUGAAACAGAGGCCAUUAAUCAGUGUUGUUAAACACACAAACACAAAUGUCUUCAAAAGUGGGGAUGAGGAGGACCUGCCCUCCAGCUCUGUGAAGCAGAACCUAGCCAAUGGGUCAUGCCAGCCAUCUCGCCCAGCGGAGACAAGAGGGCACCUCCAGAGGAUCAUCUCCAUCGAAGAGGACCACCUCCCACACUUGCUCCAGAAUGACUGUCAGGCUCAAAGCCCUCUUCAGGAGUGUAGUGAAGCAGAGGAAGACUCUGACAAUGAGGAGAAUGUAGACUUGGUGAUGAGCGAUAUUUUUCCAUGUGCGUCUUCUGUCCAGCAGCAGCAGUCAAAGGGAAAUGUUGAGAAAAGGGAAACUCCCACAUCUCCAAGGGGUCAGCCUGUUGGCAAGGAGACCAGCAUAAAUGAGGAAGGCAGUCCCUCGCCUCCGGACCGCCUGUUCAAGAUCAUUCUGGUGGGGAACUCCAGUGUAGGAAAGACCUCCCUCCUUCGACGAUUUUGCAACGACUGCUUCCACCCUGGCACUUCUGCCACUGUGGGUAUAGACUACAGUGUAAAAACAAUAACUGUGGACAACAGCCAGGUGGCACUUCAGAUGUGGGAUACAGCAGGACAGGAAAGGUAUCGAAGCAUUACCAAACAAUUCUUUCGCAAAGUUGACGGUGUGGUUGUGAUGUAUGACAUCACAGCCGAGCAGAGCUUCACAGCUGUCAGACGGUGGCUGGCGAGUGUAAAGGAGGGUGCAGGCGAGGACAGUCCCAUCAUGCUUUUGGGAAAUAAAAUAGACAAGGAGAUUGAGAGACAAGUUCAGAAAGGAGUGGGCGAAAGAUUAGCCAAGGACUGCCAGAUGACUUUUUAUGAGUGCAGUGCGUGCUCUGGACACAACGUGGUGGAGCCCAUGGUUCAUUUAGCCAGAAUUCUGAAGGAACAAGAGGACCGAGAGAAGGAGAAGACUGUCCAGCUGGUCAGCAGCUCCUCAGAGAAGAAGAGAUCCUGCUGCUAACUGUUAAACAGUAAACACCUGCACGGUAGCGCUACACUUUACUAAGACACACAUGUUAAUAGUGUGACCACAUGUGUAAGCGAGAAAACAGUAUUUUAAAUGUCAGCACAACUGCUUUUCACCUACACUUCAGUCUUGUCUGAGUAAACCCAGCACCACAAUAUAUACUGUCAUUUUGUCAUGUGUCACAGAUGUUACUGCACUAUUAUAACAGUCUACUAUAUGAUUUUCCAAGGUAGUAGUUGCAGUUUGAUAAUAGCCUCAAAUUUAUAUUUUAUAAAGAUGUAUUACGGUAAUAAUAUUAAUAAGAAUGUGAGAAAAGUUCAAAUGUUCCCUUUGAGGGUUAGAUAUAAAAACAACUGAACAAUAUGUCCCUUUUGACUCAAGCUAAGACUUUUUCAUUUUUCAAGGUAGGAUAUUUGCUCAAACUCUGACUGUAACUCUCAGAUAUUUAUUUAGCUUGGAAAGGUCUGUUAUUUGUCACAUUUGGGCAUUUUGAUGUACGGGUAUUCAUAUAAUAAUUCAGUGUUAAUGUGCAUUCUUUUUUAGCUGUUUUGCUUCUUCACUUUGUGUCCGCAUAUAAUAUAUGACAUGGACACAGCUACAUGAACAACUGUAAAAUGUAAUGCAUUAUCAAACAACCUUGCAGUAAACACCACAUCAAUUCUGUAGUUAUUUGGGCCAAGAUAUCUGAUGUUAUGUGGCACUGCAGGAUAUUGUACAGGUGUCUCAGUUUCUUCACCUGGUGGAAAAAAACACUAACUAUCCUGCAGCACAGCACGGAAGUAAUGUACUUCCACUGAACAAACAAAAAUGAUUGUGUAGUUAAAAUGAAAAUUAUUAACUUCAAAUGUAGUAUUUCUCACAGGGCUGUUAUAUUUAAUAGCAUUAUAUUUUACAGGUGUUCAUGUUAUUUUGUCCACUCCUUGCAAAUUGUGCAGUGAUUGAUUCAUAAUUUAGUGUUGUUUUUGUUGAACAGGAGUUUGUUAGGAUGGGAAGCUAGCUCAGUUGUGUUGUACUUUUUAACAGCUGGAAGACAAUAGAGAUACCCCCCCCCCCCCCCAACAGACCAAAUGAAGUUGAGUGCACAAAAUAUUUAUUUCAUAUCACCUUAAGCUGCCUCGGUGCCGUAGUAUUUUAUGAAAAUAGUGACACUGUAAUAUGUUUAAUAAGUUAUGCUAUCUGUAUGUUACAGGAAGGUGACAGUUGGAGAAGUUUUGAUAAAAAGUUGAGAUUUUUCUGUUUGAUAUUGCACUAUAAUCACUGAUAGUUCUUCACUACUGCUAGUGUCUUGCACAUCACUUUAAUGUAGAUAUAGAAAUGUAAAUAGUGUAA